UUUGACUACCCUCUUAUAUAAGUUCAUUUUAACCACAUAAUUCCAAACGUCAAUUUGUUUUCUGCCAUUUGAGAGUUUUCUGUUUCUGUGUUUACUGCGUUUCACUCGAGGAGGAAAGGCACAGUAUUUUCGAGUUUUGGAUAUUCAAGUAUUUUUUCUGUGUUUUGUUGACGCCCUUGUUAAUAACAGAGUUGAAAUAUGUCUUAUAGCACUAGAAGAGGCGGUGGAUUUGGUGGUCAGCAACAAAAUGUGGGCAAUAUCGGCCAACGUAGGCCUGUUGUAACAAACAAUUUUGUACCAGGUGGACAGAAUAAACCAGCUGGCCAAGCAACACAACAGCAAGUGAGGGCACAACAACCACAACAGCAAAACACAUCCAUCCAGUUCAGAAAUCAAGGACCUGAACAGCAGCAAGCUAAGCAACAGUUACCGCAAGCAAAGCAACCUCAACCACAGAUUAAACAGCAGCAACCCCAGGCAAAGGUGCUACAACAAUCAAAUCAGCAGCAGCAACAAGCCCAACAACAGCAAGCCCAAAAGCAGCAGGCCCAAGUGCAACAGCAGCAGGCCCAAGUGCAACAGCAGCAGGCCCAAGUGCAACAGCAGCCGACCCAAGUGCAACAACCAGCUGUACAGCAACAGGUUACACAACAACAGCAGGCUCAGCAACAACAAAUUGAAAUGGAAACCACUCCAGCUCAGAACAAUGCCUUUGCUCCUUCUGUAGAAAACCCUGAAAAUGCAGAUAUGGAAGCCAUGGAUACUUCAACUGAAGUAAAAAAGAAGCCAUUCUGGCACCAUAACAAAGGUAAAAUUGCAAAGAAAGAAAGAACGCGUAGGCGCAAUGUGAUGUUGACUCGAACUCUGAAACCCAAAAAUGCAGUCAUGGUUUUGAAUGAACUUGUCAAGAACACUACUUAUGCCGUUGAGGAACUUCCCACAAAGUUUAACGGAAAUUCUUUCAAAGCUACUGUAGUAUAUGAAGGAUCAGAACAUGUUGGAUUUGGUCGUAACAAAAUGCAAGCCAAAAAUGCAGCUGCUGAAACAGCUCUGAAACAUUUUGUAAAAUCACAUAAAUUAACAGAAAUGAAGAAAGACGAAGAAGGAAACGAAAAUAUGGAUUUAUCAGAAGAAGAUGCCCAGAACCCUCUGCCGUGGCAGCAUGUGGUUUCAUUCGCUCUCUUCAAACUUUUCUGUUCGUGGGAAGAAGGUUCGAAUGGAAGCGCAGUUAAUUCUGUACACGAACUCAAACAGGCAAAAAAGAUGCCAGAAAAUCCUGAAACGGUUAAUCCCUUAAUGAUGGUCAACCAGAUGUUGCCUCAAGCUCAUUUUGAAGAAAUUGGCAAGACUGGUGUUCAUCCCAAUAUUCUAUUUUCAUUCAAAUGCAUUGUAGGUGAGGAUGUUUUCAUUGGAACAGGUUCGAAUAAGAAAGCAGCCAAGAGGAUGGCAGCUUAUGGAGCAUGCCAUAAAAUUUUGGGGAUAAACUAUCCCGAAGAUGUAUAUGUCCCUAAUUACUAAGUUAAGUUGAAUGUUAGUGAGGAGUAUUUCCGACCCAAGUUUUUCCAUUAUCUAACUAGUGAUUUGGACUGGAACUGUGUAUCUCAUUAUGCAGGAUUAGUGUUACAGAAAAAAUAUGUAUGUGCAAGAAAGUAUUUAUGUUUAUUGUGACUUAUGGAUUUUUUAUUUUGAAACUUUUUUAUGAAUGGAUUAAAUGAUAUAACAUAAUAA